UUACUACACAUCCUCUCUCGCCUUAAGCAGAACCGGAGCCAAAGCGGGAGGAAGAGCUCUCCCUUCAUCCUGAACAUUCGUUUAACGUAUGCGUUCGUUUUCGUCUCGAUAAGAAACCAACCGAGGGACCAGCUGCUGCCUCCACCAUGGCGAAGGGAGAGGGAAGUGAACAAUGCUCCAACGCCAGUUUGUUGGCCAAAGGAGUCGGAGAAAGCUCGGAUGUGAUCAAACUCCCCGCGAAGAGUGAGUGCAGGAAGAAGUUGACGGUCUGCAACAAAAUCUGCUACGGCAUCGGCGGCGCGCCAUACCAGAUCACCGGAUGUGCUCUGGGUUUUUUCCUGCAGCUCUACCUGCUGGACAUCGCUCAGUUGGAUCCCUCUUUAGCCUCCAUCAUUUUGUUUGUUGGCCGGGCUUGGGACGCUGUGACUGACCCCACAGUGGGCUUCCUGGUCUCCAGGAGCCCGUGGACACGUUUUGGACGCAUGAUGCCCUGGAUCAUGUUGUCCACUCCUCUGGCUGUUCUCUCUUAUUUUCUCAUCUGGUACGUCCCCCCCUUUGAGAAUGGAAAAGUAUUCUGGUACCUCUUCUUCUACUGCACCUUCCAGGCCCUCCAGACGUGUUUCCAUGUUCCGUAUUCCGCGUUGACCAUGUUCAUCAGCUCUGACCAGAAAGAACGUGACUCUGCCACUGCAUAUAGAAUGACCGUGGAGGUUCUGGGCACGUUGAUCGGCACCGCCGUGCAGGGGCAGAUCGUGGGAAUGUUCAACGCGCCCUGCAUCCACGGACCCGCGGACAUGAUGUCGGGGAUGAACGUCUCGCUCUCGCUCAACCAGACGGAGCAUACCAUCUCCCUGCAGCACACGAGAGUGGCCUACAUGAUUGCUUCUGCAGUCAUCUCCUCCAUUUACAUUCUCUGCGCCGUCGUCUUAUUCUUUGGAGUGAAGGAACAAAAAGAGGCGGGCCGCCUCCAAUCAGAACCCUUGUCCUUCUUCCAAGGGAUAAAGCUGGUGAUGGGGUACGGGCCGUACGCCAAGCUGGUCAUGGUCUUCCUCUUCACCUCGCUGGCCUUCAUGCUCUUGGAGGGAAACUUUGCUCUGUUCUGCAGCUACACGCUGGGAUUCAGGAACGACUUCCAGAAUGUUCUGCUGGUCAUCAUGCUCUCGGCCACCCUGACCAUCCCCUUCUGGCAGUGGUUCCUGACUCGCUUCGGGAAGAAGACCGCGGUCUACGUUGGCACCCUGUCUGUGGUUCCCUUCCUGAUCCUGGUGGUCUGCAUAAAGAGUAACCUGAUCGUCACUUACGUGGUCUCCUUCUUCGCCGGGGUGGCGGUGGCUGCAGCUUUCCUGCUGCCCUGGUCCAUGCUCCCGGACGUCGUGGAUGACUUCCAAGUGCGCAACCCCGAAUCGGCGGGUCAUGAAGCUAUCUUCUACUCCUUCUACGUCUUCUUCACCAAGUUUGCCUCUGGAGUUUCUCUGGGAGUGUCCACUCUCAGUUUAGACUUUGCGGGCUACAUCAGUCGAGGCUGCUCUCAACCCUCCAGUGUAGACUUGACUCUAAAAAUUCUGGUUUCCGCCGGUCCAAUCGUCUUCAUCAUAAUCGGCUUGGGAAUUCUGUACUCCUAUCCGAUCGACGAGGUGAGACGGACGAAAAACCGAAAGAUGCUGCAGGAACUGAGGGACAACGAAGCCGAUUCAGAAACGGACUCUGCCGAGCUGGCUAAUAUUAUCUAGCACGUUAUCAGAACCCCUGCGGACCAAAUGGAGCGGACCGGCACUUUGCACUUGACAGACCCAGCUGACCCGUCCAGGCCUGUCGGAUCGGAAAGCCUCUGCCUCGUUGGGCCGCGCCGAUGCUGCUGUUCCACGUACAGAACUGUAGAGUUGAUGCACGUGUGUAACUGUGAGCCUGGCCGAAGUAAGGCCUAUAGAAAAAGCCUUACUUUUUCUAUAACAAACUUAUUUAUUGGGAAUCACUGAGUUUUGUUUUUGGACGGAAGCACUUGUUAAACUACACAAAAGGGUGUCGAGCUUGUUUGAAUUAACAGGUGCUGCUGGUAGAAGUUUCUGCUGUUUUAUAGUUGAACAGCAGCGUCGCCUUAACUCCGCCUCUUUUUUUAGGGGCUAAAAAAACAACCCAAAGCGACAGAGUUUCUGUGUGUUCUGAACACCUUAUAGCAACGUAGUUGCCCAACCCAUUGGUUCCCCCUCGCCGUCGUCUUUCUAUCCGUCUCUUUGAAGCUGGAUUUCAGAACAAAGAGUUCUGCUGAAACUACUAAAGCACCCUUUGUUUGCACAACUCACUGCCAGGUUAACCUAACCAUCCACGUAUUUAAAGAAAAUGUUCUCAUUAAGCUGUUUUCUGCAGGUGCUUUAAUGUGAUGACUGUAAGUGGUUCGUAAGUGAGGAGUGUCUGCUCAUAUUUAUUAGUUGGACUGUUCAGCUCCCGUUUGCUGGUUUCUCAGUGUCUUCAGGAACGACGAUGCAUUUCAGAGCGGGAGAGAGAACUUUUCUAACAAUCAAGUGUUUUUAAAUCGGUACAAUCCUGGCAUUGAACCAAGGGAAGCACACGCCUGUACAGUGGGGUUAGGGCGGGGAAGUGUUUGCUUGUUUUCUGGAUGUUUUUGUUUUUGAAAACGAUCUCUGCCAACCCUCAGCUCCUGUCAUUUAAACUGAGAUUUUUCAUCUUUCAUAUCAGCCGAUAUGGAAAUGUGCAUGUGCAGUGUCAUAUGUUAUACAUACUGUUACAUCUGUAUAUGACAACUGAGUUGCCAAAGUAAAUUUCUUGACUGUGGUUCCUCCUCAGGGGGGGCGGGGCCAAGGCGUUGUUGUAAAUCAUCCAGUUUUGUUUUACCAAUGAAUCUUUUUUUUUUACUUGAAAGUUUCCUUUACAAGUUUGAGGCUUUAGCCAAACGUGUGAGCUUUAAUCCCGCGGAGACACACGAGCCUUGUGUACACGCCUCCUGUGCAAAUGUAAAUAUUUUGUGUAAAUGUGUACAGACCUUUGAUAUUUGUGGCUGCUCGUGACAGAAGCUCCUGUAAAGAUGUUGUAUUUAAAAACGACGUGGAAGAUGACCAUUAAACCGAUUACAUGUUCUCUGA